AUUUCAGACAUGGCUGCUUCCUUUUGGACCACGUUUGUUCUAUUUAUAACAAAUUGCUUAUGGUGAAAAAAUCAUUAAACUGACAAAAACCUUAGAUGAUAUUGUAUUUGAAAUUAUUGUCUUAUGUGUAGCCACAGAGCAGCACCACCUCAACAUGUCAUUACACAAAGAAGUAUGCUUUGUAGUUUUAUGUGGUUUGCCUGGGUCAGGCAAGACUAGUUUAAGUUUGGAAAUCAAGAAAUGGUUGGUGGAAUUAGAUGAAACAAUAACUUUAGUCAUUAGCUAUGACAAACUGAUGCCUCCUUCAAUUGAAUCUGAAUUGAUCAAUCAAAAGUGUGAAGAAAAAUCAAAAUGGAAAAUAUACAGAGAAGCAAUAGUAGACCUAGUUCAAAACUUUAUUACUGACAUUAAUCGUGAACCCAAUUUGGGUAGCAUUCAAUCCAUCAAAAAAUGGGUGUCAAGGAACAUGUUGAAAGAUGCUAAUGAAAGUUAUAAAUAUAGUGACUUCAAUAGUGAUUUUCAUAGGACAUUGAUGGCACAUUUUUCCAAAUUGAUUAAUGAACACUUGCUUGAAGUGAAAGAAGAAAAGAGGGAUGAAUUAAAAGAGGGCAAUAUGAAGAUUGUUAUUAUUAUUGAUGAUAAUAUGUAUUUUAGAAGUAUGAGAUAUGACUAUUAUCAGCUAGCUAGAAAUAGUUCCGUGGGAUUUUGUGAAGUGUAUGUAGCUUGUUCAGUAAGCCUGGCACUUCAGAGAAAUUCACAGAGAGCAAGUGGAUUUGUUGAGCCAGAAAUAAUUACUAACAUGGCCAAUAGAUUUGAAAUUCCAGACCAAUCUCAUCAUUCUUGGGAAAAAUAUUCCCUCAUAUGUACGACAGAUAAUAUUCAGAUACACAGGUCAUACAAAAAAUCCGUACAAGCAAGACAAUACUGUCAAAAACAUUUUUUUCCCAAUCAUGCCAAAAUUGGGAGUAAAAGUUGUAAAGUAGUGGACUCCACCAAUGAGAAGUACCAUCAGGUGCUUUGAAAAGAAUAAGCAUGGUCUGUUUUGUGCACAACACCUGAUACUUCAUAUUGGUCAAAAUCAUACUUUACCUUUUGAAGCACAUAGUGCCACUUUGUAAUAGAGAGUACCAAGUAUUAAAAACGUUUAUG